CGGAGGGAAGCACGCACCCGCUUAUAGUUUGUGCGUAAGAUUUCUUUGAGUGUUCAAAGUUCUUUUUCAAAUUGUGAAAAGUGUUUAGUUUUCUUCUACGAAAAUCGUGAGUGAAGUUUUCUCCUGGACUAAAAACGUUUUCUAAAUUGGAGUUCAUCAACAUGGCUCAAGUCAUGCAAUAUCAACAGAUGUGCAUGCCAACGAUGUCUCCAAUGGCGGGAAUGACACCAGUUACAUCUCAAAUGUCAGGUUUAUCGAUGCAGAUGCACCCUCACCACUCGAUGGAGUAUGGUAACCACGGAGUCCACUACCAGCCCUACAAUACAUCAGUGUCUUCUCAUCAUCACCUGCAAAACAGCUACGCAUCUUACUGGUUCCCGAGUUCAUCUUCAUACAGCCAAUCCUCAGCAUCACAGUCACCAGAGUACACCAUGUCCAGUGUUCCAUCCAGUACCUCUUCCUGGCCAAACCAAACCUAUAUGCCUCCAUCUCAGCUCAGUGUUCCACAAAUUCCAUACAACCUGCCCCCUACACCCCCAGAACUCUCUCCCAUAUCCCAAGGUCACGUAUCUCCUUACCAGUGGCCCUUGACUCCGACACCAGAAAAUAUGAUGGCAGAGGAUUCGAAGCGAGGCCGAAAGUGUAUGAGAUGUACAUGUCCCAAUUGUCAACUGACUGGUGGAAAUCCGAUUAGUGUUGAUGGUAAGAAGCAGCACGUGUGUCAUGUUAAAGGAUGUGCAAAAGCUUACGGAAAGACGUCCCAUUUGAAGGCACAUUUAAGGUGGCACAACGGGGACAAACCUUUCUUCUGUUCCUGGAUUUUUUGUGGAAAGAGAUUCACUAGGAGUGAUGAACUCCAGCGCCAUAUGAGAACACACACCGGAGAGAAAAGGUUUUCCUGUCCCAGCUGCGAUAAAAAGUUCAUGAGGAGUGAUCAUCUGAAAAAGCAUGUUAAGACGCAUGAAAACCAGAAAAGAAAAUCAGCGAAAAAGGAUGCAACCAAGGAAAAUUUGCUUAAAACCGAGCCGCAAGAAUAUAUAUCUGUUCAGUCUCUACAUGUUCAACAGUAUUCUGAACAUUAUCAGAUGUAGUAAAUGUAUUAGGCUAUUUUUAGAUACUUUGUGUAUAUACUAUAGAGUUCGCAGUACCACUGUUGAAACGAAAUUAAUUAUUAUUGUUUCACCGAAAAUUCAUUUGAGUUAAUAGCAUUAGAUUUGAUCGAGGGUAAUAGCCGCUCAAUUGAUUCUAUAACAUUUUUUCGUCAGUGUGCGAGGUGGAGAGAUUUUUAUAAACGUUUGUUCAGUUUUUGUGUAAAUAUUCAGAGAGAAACUAUUUAUUACUACGAUUAUGUCGUACAGGUUCUAAAAUCUUCAAUAAGUCAUGCAAAUAUUUGAGGACUAUCUUUUAGGAUCUUUGAUGUGAGGUGAGAAGUUGAGUAUCAACGUUUAUUCAAUCUUGUUGUAAAUAUUACUUUGUAAAUUUACUGUAAAAAAUAUAU